GCAAUUGGUGAUAUUGAAUAUUGUCAUCCCUUUCUUUUUUCUUUCACCUACGUGUGAAGACAUCGCGUAUUUCACGUCGGUGUAAAUUAAAUUAAAACUUUCGUAAAAAUGGGUUUCGUCAAAGUAGUCAAGAACAAGCAGUACUUCAAGCGCUACCAGGUCAAAUUCCGCAGGCGUCGUGAGGGUAAAACUGAUUACUAUGCCAGGAAACGUCUCAUCUUCCAAGACAAGAAUAAGUACAACACUCCCAAAUACCGUUUGAUUGUACGUCUGUCCAACAAGGAUAUCACUGUACAAAUCGCCUAUGCCAGAAUCGAAGGUGAUCGUGUUGUAUGCGCUGCCUAUUCCCAUGAACUGCCCAAGUAUGGCAUUAAGGUCGGUUUGACCAAUUACGCUGCCGCAUACUGCACUGGUUUGUUAGUAGCUCGUCGCAUUCUCAACAAAUUGGGUCUGGAUACCCUUUAUGGUGGUUGCACUGAAGUUACCGGUGAAGAGUACAACGUUGAACCUGUCGAUGAAGGUCCAGGCGCUUUCCGUUGCUACUUGGAUGUUGGUCUUGCACGUACAACCACUGGUGCUCGUGUAUUCGGUGCCAUGAAGGGUGCUGUCGAUGGUGGUUUAAACAUCCCACACUCGGUGAAGCGCUUCCCCGGCUAUAGUGCAGAGGCCAAGAGCUUCAAUGCUGAUGUGCACCGUGCUCACAUUUUCGGUCAACAUGUUGCCGAUUACAUGCGCACUCUUGAGGAGAAUGAUGAGGAGAGCUUCAAGCGCCAAUUCAGCCGUUACAUCAAAUUAGGAAUCCGUGCUGACGAUCUUGAAACUAUCUACAAGAAAGCCCACCAAGCCAUUCGCGCCGAUCCUACCCACAAGAAGAAGGAAACUAAGAGCGGCGGCGUGAAGAAACGGUGGAAUGCUAAGAAACUCACGAAUGAACAGCGCAAGACUAAGGUUGCCGAACACAAGGCUGCCUACAUCGUCAAGCUGAAGUCCGAGUCGGAGGCUUAAAUGACCUUAAACGGACGUGUGAGGGAGAAAUUUUCAAAUUGAUUUUUCUCUGAAACUUUAUUAUUAUAAAGAUAAUAAAAUAGGACUUUAUUUACAGUAAAAAA